AUGCCGCAACCAUUGAACCCCAAGGACCAGUCCUUGUUUCGUCAAGUGGUUCGCAACUUUGAGCUCAAGCAAUACAAGAAAGGCAUCAAAACGGCAGACCAGGUUCUUCGCAAGAACCCUAAACAUGGCGAUACGCAGGCGAUGAAGGCUCUGAUCAUGAGCAAUCUGGGCCAGUCCGAUGAAGCUUUUGCGCUCGCCAAAGAGGCCCUGCGAAAUGACAUGAAGUCACACAUCACCUGGCACGUCUAUGGCCUUCUAUACAGACAGGAGAAGAACUACGAGGAGGCUAUCAAAGCAUAUCGAUUUGCCUUGAGGCUGGAACCUGAGUCAGGCCCUAUCCAGCGGGAUUUGGCUCUCCUUCAGAUGCAGAUGCGUGAUUACCAUGGUUACAUCCAGAGCCGCACAUCUAUGCUCCAGGCCCGCCCGGGCGUCCGACAAAACUGGACAGCGCUUGCGAUCGCUCAUCAUCUGUCCGGAGAUUUGGUGGAGGCAGAGAAGGUUCUUACGACAUUUGAGGACACAUUAAAGGGAACCCCACCAGUCUCGGAUAUGGAGAACUCAGAAGCUAUCUUAUAUAAGAACAGCAUCAUCGCAGAAUCAGGCGAUCUUGAACGGGCUCUCGAGAACCUUGAAAAGGUCGGAUACCGCUGUACUGAUGUUCUUGCUGUUAUGGAGAUGACAGCUGACUACCUUUUGCGCCUUAGUCGCAAGCCCGAAGCUGAGGCUGCAUACGUUGCGCUCCUAGAGCGAAACCCCGAGAACUCAAUCUACUACAAUGGCUUGAUUCAAGCGAAGGGUAUCGCUGAAAAUGACCAUAAGGCAUUGAAGGCUCUUUAUGAUGAAUGGGUUGAGAAGAACCCGCGCGGUGAUGCAGCUCGCCGCAUUCCCCUCGAUUUUCUCGAAGGAGACGACUUUAAGCAGGCAGUCGACGUCUAUCUUCAGCGCAUGCUGAAGAAGGGAGUUCCUUCACUAUUCGUCAACAUCAAGAGCUUGUACGCCAACCCCGCCAAGCGUGAUGUAGUUCAGGCCUUAGUAGAGGGGUACGCCUCUACCGGCUCAGCGCAAGCAAACGGCUCUGCUGAUUCUAAAGAGAAUGAUUUCCUUGUCUCUUCUUAUUACUUUUUGGCCCAACAUUAUAACUACCAGCUCAGCCGCGACCUCACCAAGGCUAUGGAGAACGUCGAGAAGGCCAUUGAACUGUCGCCAAAAUCCGUCGAAUACCAGCUGACGAAGGCACGAACCUGGAAGCACUAUGGAAAUACAGCUAAGGCAGCGGAAGAGAUGGAGAAGGCUCGUCUAUUGGAUGAGAAGGACCGUUACAUAAACUCAAAGGCUGCGAAGUAUCAGCUCCGCAACAACGAGAACGAAAAGGCUCUGGAUAACAUGAGCAAGUUCACCCGUAACGAGACUGUAGGCGGCGCAAUGGGCGAUCUCCAUGAAAUGCAGUGUGUCUGGUAUCUGACAGAGGACGGUGAGGCUUACCUGCGCCAGAAGAAGCUUGCACUGGCACUGAAGCGCCUUCACGCCGUGUACAACAUUUUUGAUGUCUGGCAAGAGGAUCAGUUUGACUUCCACAGCUUCUCUCUGAGGAAGGGUAUGAUUCGUGCUUAUGUGGAUAUGGCCCGUUGGGAGGACCGUUUGCGCGAACACCCCUUCUACACCCGCAUGGCAUUCUCUGCCGUCAAGGCAUACCUUCUUCUCCAUGACCAGCCUGAUCUUGCUUACGGCCCCAUGCCUACAGCCAACGGUGCUGAGGGAUUGGACGAAGAGGAACGGAAGAAGGCUCUCAAGAAGGCCAAGAAGGAGCAGCAGCGUCUGGAGAAGAUUGAGGCUGACAAGCGCGAGGCAAGAAAGGCCGCCGCCGCCAAUGCUAAGAGUAUCGAUGGGGAAGUGAAGAAGGAGGACUCUGAUCCUUUCGGCAACACUCUGGUCCAGACCAAGGAGCCCCUCAAGGAGGCCAUGAAGUUCUUGACACCUCUCCUCGACUUAAGCUCGCAGAACAUCGAGGCACAGAUCCUUGGUUUCGAGGUCUACUCUCGCAGAAACAAGCACGCUCUUGCCGUCAAAUGUCUUUCUGCUGCUCAUGCCAUCGACCCUUCCAACCCUACCCUCCACCUGCAGCUUUUGCGCUUCCGCAAGACCCUCGACACCCUCUCCGAGCCUCUUGACCCCAAGGUCGCUGAAGUUGUCACCUCUGAAUUUGAGAAGCUGCUCCCCAAGGCCCAGAAACUCGAGGAUUUCAAUGAGACUUUCCUGUCUGCCAACAAGAGCAGUGCCGCGCACGUGCAAGCCGCCCUUUCCGGCCGUCAGCUCCUGAACAAGGAAUCAAAGCCCCAAUGCGAGAAGGAUUUGCUGGCCACCCUUGACUCGCCUGAUAUUACUGUCUCUGAAGCCACCUCUGCCCUUGAGCUACUGAGCCUUUGGGACAGUGACAAGACCAGAUACGUGCAAAAGGCCAGCCAGAAGUGGCCUGAGUCUUCUGCUUUCAAGUUAGAUUAG